CAAACCUCUUCAGCUGCCGCAGCGCAAACCAUGGCGAAAACCACAAUGCAGCUGGUGGCACCGCUUGUUGUCCUGAUGGCCCUCGCCGUCGCCACCAUCACGGUCACCGUUGCGGGCGCCGACACCUCGGCGAAACGGAGAGGCCAGGAGAUCCAUCUCUUCGAGGUCACAGUUCGCAUGCUGGAUGACAUGGACGAUGACUACAACUACCAGCUGCUCGCAACCGUGCUCGGCAGCGUCGAUGCUGCACGGAGCGCCACGUUCGAGACUGAACCUGGGACGUUCAGUGCGUUCCUCACAAACAACCAGGCCCGUAAAUUAUCAAAAGUCCCGGGGGUGCUGGGAGUUCGGGAAAGGGAUGAUCCCGUGCCUACGGAGGGCCAUUGAUAUCAGCAACACCAAGAGAAAGUAUGCUUACAGUUC